UGUUCGGGUGCCGGGGCAUCUGGCAGCCCUGCGCACGUUUUGUUCUUUUAUGUCUUUCGCUUCGCAUCCCUCCCGAUUUUCAAUAUGGCGGUCGAAAAGUAGGAACUUUGAGUGUUUUGUUUCCACGCCACUUUGUUUGAAAGUGUUUUUAGUCGGGAAAAUACCUUGCUAGGUUGGAAAAAAUAGUGUUGAAUGUUAGUUAAAGUGAAUAUCUAACGGCGUCGGUAGUUAUUUGUGAUUAAACGUCAGUUUUUAGCCAUUAAAAUCGGAUUUACCGCUAGCGCGUCGUCCAUACAGUUUGAUUUGUUUGGGGAGAAAAGAAGAAGUCGGAUAAAGCGGCGAUUCAAGGACAAGAACAAGUUGGUGUCGUAGCGAUGGAAAAUACGGACGGUACGAAUAAUCACGAGGGUGAUUCCGCCCCGGAGAAUCACGAUUCGGAAGAGGCCCCGAUUGUGGAGGCGCUCGAUGAAGCCUUCAACAAUGGCAACGGUGAAUCCCAGGAGGAAGAUAAGGAUGAAGUGAAGGAGGAAGAUGAAAACGAUGAAGAAGUGAAAAAGGAAGAAGCGGAUGAAGAAAACGAUAAGGAUGCGGAAGUUAAGAGUGAAGAGAAACCGAAAGGUAAAAUGAAGAUCGUUACCAGAGAUGGAAAGCCGGCCGAUUUGGACAUUUGCAGAGUGUGCAAAACAAAAGAUGAUCUGGGAAGCAUCUUCGAGUUUGAUGAAGCACUAAGAAUAUGCGAUUUGAUAACAUCGGUUUGCACUGUGGCGCGUAUUCUCGAACGUGAUCAUUUACCGCAUAAGAUCUGCAAGGGGUGUGUUGAUAAUUUGAAGAUCGCUGUAGCCUUCAAGACUCAAUGCGAGGCCACUGAUAAAGAACUUCGUCAGACUUUGAAAAGAAGCUACAAUAAGGCGCGUAGAAACACCGAUUUCAUCAUUGUAAAUUGUCCUAUGUCCGACGGGGAGGAAGAUGAUGACGAACAGCAGGACGAUGACGAAUAUAAAGUAUCGCAUUCGGAAGUGGAGUCUGAGCCAGUGACAUCGGACGAUAGCUUUGCACCUAUUAAGAAGCCGAAAAAGCAGAAAACACCUAAACGACGAGGACGCCGACCGAAGAGUGAAUCAGUUUCGGCAGACACUACACCUGUUGUCAAACGGAAGCGUGGACGCCAGCCAGGAUUCAGACCCCAGAAGAAAACACCUGCGCCCGAACCAUCUCUCGAUGGAACUCCAACGCCCCGUCGACGAGGACGUCCGCCAAAGUCAUCCGUUUCUCCCGGCAUCGCUAAUGUGGUCUACAUCGAGGCACCCGAUGCAAGCUCAUCUUCCGAUAGCGACGACGAUAAGCCAAUUCGGCCACGCAAGAAGCAACACGAUUGUCCCAAAUGUGACGACAGUUUCUCGACCGGCGUUGAACUCAAAGAACAUUUGGUGACGCACAAGGGUGAUCUGUUCCCCUGUACAAAAUGUGACAAAUCCUUCAAGUCCAAGGCCUAUCUGGCAAACCAUCUGCAGCGACACGAACAGGAUGAUAAGCGACGAGAGGACAAGAUCAAAGCCAAGGAGGCGAAGCGGCAAAUGCAACGCCAAAAGGAACUGCAGAAGCGGAAAGACCACGAAGAGAAAAUCAAACGGCAGCGAACCGAAGGCGGAAGCGCUGAGAAGAAGAAAAAGCUGGACCCCAAUCCGGCCAACAGUGGCCGGGAUCUGUUCAAGUGUGUCGCCCCGCUAACUUCCACCUACUGGAGCGAUAGUUUCUCGGAUUAAAAGCUCGGCAAAAAUGGACGGCUGUACGAUGUGUACAUUUAGACUAGCUGAUGAGUGAGGUAAAACUAAAACGACGGAACAGAUAAAAAUGAUUUAUUUCGUAUGUUGGUGCCAUUACGAAACGUUACACACAGUCAAUGAAGGCGGGCAGUAGAAAGAUUUCCGUUUCCACGAGCUACCAACUAAUGGUUAUAUUUUUUAACCAUAAUUCUUUCUGCGUACGAGUGAUAUUUGAUAAAUGAAAGAAAAGCAAACCCGUUCGAAAAAAUGGCAGACAGUUCAUAUCGAUGAUGAAAAUAGUAUCUUGAUGAUUGCUUCCAUUUAGGAAGGGUGUCAACUCUGCAUAGCUGUAAAUAGGCGAGAUGUAUUUUGUAUCCGGGGAUAUUUGCGGAAAAAAGCGAGCGUUUAGAAGCGAGACACACUUUAGCCAUUCUUGUAGUUGCAAUUCUUACAAACACGAAAUCCGCAAGCCGACAACAAGUGGAUGUUAGUUUUUAUGAUUCUACAGAAGAAACAUUUUCUAUCACACAGCUAGACUUAGUACACACCAGUCUUGUUUUCAGUUCCCAGACAAAUCUUUUUUAUUUUCCAACACUUCGCAGCAAAGCUAAGUACUUUAACAAACUGCACAUCGAAAGGAAGCAAAAUGUACUACUCACUUCUAUCUUAUUGUUUUGCGAUUUUAGAUUUUUUAUUUUCACCCUCACUCUAAAGUCGAGUGCCCGUGCGGCGUUCUCGGAAAAGCGAAUAAACCUUUCGUAACAAACAAUCAUAAUAGAAUACACAAGUAAUAGUGUUAGAAAAGUCAGAUUAUUCUUUGUUCGAAGAAAAAAAAAAAAAGAAAAA